AGGCGUGCCCAGAGGCUGGCAGUGCCCUGGGGUGGGGUGAGAUUGCUGCUUCUAGUACCUGAAGGACUCUUGUCCCACAGGCAUGAAUUCCUGGCAUUCUCCGAGACAGGACAAGAUGGGAGAUGGGGGGAGGGUAGAGGGUACAACCUCUACCUGGGGCGGUGGCCAUAGCAGGCAAAGGGGCAGACAGAGCCAGGAGCCUGGGAAGAAAGCAUGAUGCCAACAGAGACAGCAGCUGGAGCCUGGGCACUGGUCCUUGUUCUAUGGGGAGCCUUAGUUGGUGGUCAGAACAUCACAGCCCGGAUUGGAGAGCCUCUUGUGCUGAGCUGUAAGGGGGCCCCUAAGAAACCACCCCAGCAGCUAGAAUGGAAACUGAACACAGGCCGGACAGAAGCUUGGAAGAUCCUGUCUCCCCAGGGAGGAGACAGUGUGGCUCGAAUCCUCCCCAAUGGUUCCCUACUCCUUCCAGCCAUUGGAAUUGUCGAUGAGGGGACUUUCCGGUGUCGGGCAAUGAACAGGCACGGAAAGGAGAUCAAGUCCAACUACCGUGUCCGGGUCUACCAAAUUCCUGGGAAGCCAGAAAUUGUGGAUGCUGCCUCGGAACUCACAGUUGGUGUCCCUAAUAAGGUGGGUACCUGUGUAUCAAAGGGAAGCUACCCUGCAGGGACCCUUAGCUGGCACUUGGAUGGGAAACCCCUGAUUCCUGAUGAAAAAAGGACAAUCGUGAAGGAAGAGUCCAGGAGAAAUCCCGAGACAGGGCUCUUCACACUAGAGUCAGAGCUGACUGUGACCCCAGCUCCAGGAGGAGCUGCCCAUCCCACCUUCUCAUGCAGCUUCAGCCUGGGCCUUGCCCGGCGCAGACCCUUGAACACAGCCCCCAUCCAGCCCCAUGUCAGGGAGCCUCUAGAGAGGAUUCAGCUGUUGGUUGAACCAGAAGGUGGAAUAGUUGCUCCUGGUGGGACCGUGACUCUGACCUGUGUCAUCUCUACUCAGCCCCCUCCUCAGAUUCACUGGAUAAAGGAUGGUACACCCCUGCCCCUUGCCUCCAGCCCUGUACUGCUCCUCCCUAAGGUAGAGCAUAAGGAUGAGGGUAUCUACAGCUGUGUGGCCACCCAUCCUAGCCAUGGGUCACAGGAAAGCACACCUGUCAGCAUCAGCACCUCAGAAACAGGCAAGGAGGGGCCAGCUACAGGCUCUGUAGGUGGGUCUGGGCUGGGGACACUAGCCCUGGCCCUGGGGAUCCUGGGAGGCCUGGGAAUAGCCACCCUGCUCAUUGGGGCCAUCCUGUGGAGAAAAAGGCAACCCAGACGAGAGGAGAGGAAGGUCCCAGAAAACCAGGAGGACGAGGAGGAGCGAGCAGAGCUGAAUCAGUCAGAGGAUGCCGAAGCAAGAGAGAACGAUGCAGGAGGACCUUAGCAGGGCCCAGGCAGACCUUGUCCGCCAGCUCCUUCAACAUCCUCCCUGAAUUGUGCUGGCCCCAUGACCAGCUCUCCCAUGUUCAAUCCCUGCUCCACCUCAAUACACUUCUACUACCAGAGCCCACCCAACCUGAGUAAACACCUGACACUUGU